AUCGCCACCCCUUUACACAUCCAGCAGUAUCAUAUCGACUCGUGGACACUUCGUUAUGUAAAAGAAUUUCAAGUGCAGUUUUUUGGUCCAGUUCGAAUGGAAUAUCAUUUAAAUUAACAAAACAACUACUGAAUGUGAUGUUUUUACGAGAGUGUUAUAAAUUAGAGUGAUUUAUUGAAACAGUUCAUUGAUAUAUCCAGUUGGGAGUGUCCGCAUAGUAUAAUCGUAGUAAGGAAGUGAAUGUUGAACGGAGAUCUACAUCUCUGUCGAGUGUUAGAAGCAGACCAGUCGUGGAGCGACAUUUAGCGGGUCUCUCUCUCUCUGUCUCUUUGACUUAGGCAACACCUAAUCAUAGGCACUUGAUUUCUUGUCUACCACUCCCCAACUAAGGAACUAAGGCUGGCCUUCAGGCGAAGGUGAUAGAAGCACAUUCAAGAUGACCGGAGCAUCGAAGGAACAUGUUAUCAGGGUUGGCUCACGAAAAAGCGAGUUGGCGCUAAUUCAAACCAAACAUGUGAUUGCUUGCUUGCAAAAACUCAAUCCGGACGUGCAGUAUGAGAUUCAUACUAUGACGACUGUUGGAGACCGAGUGCUGAAUAAAUCACUGCCGAAGAUUGGUGAGAAAUCGUUAUUCACUAAAGACUUGGAAGAUGCUCUGAGGAAUGGUGGCGUUGACUUUGUCGUUCACUCUUUGAAGGACCUUCCAACAUCACUGCCUAUCGGAAUGGCCAUUGGCGCCGUGCUAGAACGUGAGGAUCCUCGCGAUGCUUUAGUACUGAAUGAAAAGUUCCGUGGUAAAACGUUGUCCACAUUGCCGAAGGGUUCCGUUAUCGGGACAUCAUCUCUAAGGCGUUCUGCCCAGCUGGCGAGAUUGCAUCCACAUCUAGUGGUAUGCGAUAUUCGAGGCAAUUUGAAUACUCGUUUGGCCAAAUUGGACGCCGAGGGUUCAAAGUUUGCUGGAAUUGUUCUAGCUCAAGCGGGCCUCGUUCGAAUGGGUUGGGAAAAACGAAUUGAUCAAGUCAUCGAACCGUCAGAGAUACUGUACGCCGUUGGUCAAGGUGCGCUCGCUGUAGAAUGUCGAUCGAACGACGAGUAUAUUCUGAACAUGUUGUCUAAACUGUGUCAUCUGGAAACGCAGUGCAAGAUUCUGGUGGAAAGAAGCUUCCUAAAAACGCUGGGAGGAGGAUGCAGUGCCCCAGUGGCUGUUUGUACAAGUCUGAAGCGUAAGCAUGACUCAAAAUCCAACUACCUCAAUAUCCAAGGCGCCGUAUGGAGCUUGGAUGGAAAAACAGAGAUUCGAGCUGAUGACGGAUGCUCUGUUGAGCUUGAACACGUGCAACAAUCAGAUAUAGAUAACGGCAAUGGUGUACCUGCGAAGAAGAGCAAAACGGAGGACGUCGUUGAUAACGCCCUUCGCGAAGCAGAACCAAGUUCACCGGAUGCUAAACGUAAGAGCCCGGAGAUAGUCGAUGAACUAUUACAACCUGGCUGCUCAAAAGCUGUUGAAAAAUUAACCAUGACCAAGUUUAUGGAUGUGCAUGGUGAGAUGUUUAAGAAGUGUCCUUAUUCAAACCAGUUACAAAAGCAAUCAGAAGCUGAAAAGACAUCAGAGCAAGGACAAGGCGAUGGCAAACCUGCUUUAUGUCCCAGUAGCGCUUUCCCUGUUGGAGUUGAUUUUAUGGGAGAUUGUCCGUACGUUAGCACCGAGCAAAAGAUUGAACAAACCUCGCAAACAGGAAUGAGCUGUCCCAUCAGUGGGAAAUUACUCGUAGAUAAGCAAGAUCACCCCAUCACCGACAAGUGUCCAUUCCUGGCACAGGCAAAAGUUAUAGACUACAACGAAAACGUACAACGGGAAGCACCCAAACUGGAAGAUAACAGUGAACACCUUUUUUGCGGCAUGCAUCGAAACAAGAAUGUUCCAAACGAGUCGUUUGAAGCAUGCGAAAAGCUGGGCCAACAGUUGGCACACUUUUUGAUUUCGAAAGGUGCUCUGGACGUAAUGAAAUGUGCUCAAAACGAGAUUCACUCGAAAGUCUAGCCGUGUGAAGCGCUAUUGGUGGGGUUCUCUCUUGCAGUGGUAAAAUAUUCCAUAGGGCUAUAUAUGGUAGAGUAGUUGAUAUUGUUACUAGUUUUGAUGUAUUGUUUUUUUUUCUAUGGAUAAACGAAUGCAAAAAUUAA